AUUUUGUAAUAUAAUGUAAGCUUAAUAGCUACAACGUACAGUACAUGCACCGCUUCACUAGGAAUGGAAUGACACAACAUAUGAAUAUAGGUUAAAAUUGCUUUGAACAUAAGUUACUAAAAUAACAAAAAGGAUAUCGAAUAUUAAAAUAUGAAGAUUUGCGGCCCGUUGCUUCUGUUCAUUUCUUUUUUUCUUCAUGACACAUCUCAGGAUUACGGCAUGAAUGGUGGUAAAUCGACUAAAUUCUAUCAUACAUUUGGGUGCAUCUACGAAAUACCAACGAUUAGGACAGAAGAAAUGACGCUCGGUUUACAGGACAUGGAAAUAGGAAUUCUACAAUGUUUAACAACAUGUCAGAAGUCAGAGCAACCAAAAUGUGUCGCAGUGAAUUAUAACAUAAAGGACGCAACCUGUCAACUUUUAGCCAAACAGCCUAAAUUCAAAUACGAAUUGAGGCGAGCAAAAGAAUGGAGGGUGUAUUCAGAGAAACCUCUCGCUGUGUUGGAUCUACCACAAGACUGUAACGGUAUACAAGGUCCGAGGUAUGAUAUGAUACAACCAGACCUUGAGAAGCCACCAUUUCAAGUAAACUGCAACAAUUAUCGGACUUUAAUUCAGAGACAAUAUGCCGAUACAAAUGCAUAUUUUGAGGCACGCACCUGGUCGGAUUAUCGAUCGGGAUUCAACGGUUCAGAUGGCUCUUUUUGGGUCGGUUUGGAAAACAUACAUGCUCUCAUCAGUACGUAUAGUUAUAGUGUCUCAUUUAACAUUAAGGAUUCAAAUUCAAAUUGGAAGAGGGCAACCUACUCGGAUUUUUCAAUUAGUGAUGAGAAUGAUGGGUAUAGGUUACAAAUUGGUGGUUUCCAACCAGGUGGGGGUCUACAGGAUGACAUUUUUAACAAUGGAGAAAACAACAAUAUCAAUGGAUCUAUGUUUCUAACUAAGGAGAACAUCACUGAGAGCAAUUCUUGCGCAAGCCAAGGAGGUUGGUGGUACAACAACUGUACAGCUGUUAAUUUUAACACUGCUAAAGGAAAAAAGUUUUGGGGAAAUAUUCAAGAUAUUUCGAAAGUAAAUAUAUUUUUGGUGAGAAAAUAAGGAAUCAUUCACUUUGUCCAAAUGAUGGAGGAGAGUCAUUCCAUGGGCUUUUAAGAGAAUUG